GACCGGAAGGUGGUUAAAGGCUGAUGGAAAACAAGCACAAACAUCACCCCUUUAGCAUCGUCGGCGACAUCCGGCACAUCUCAAAAGUUAGCGUCGAACAACCUUGGACGCAAACAAAUAUUACUUGAGAGGAUGGGCAGAGUGUCGAAUGUCCAUCUCCAAAAGUUUUCGUCUAACAUACCAACAACGCCGCACAUUUGUUUCAACUUUGUUCGGUCUCACAUUUUUUGCGUCUGUGUUGACGGUUUCCGCGUCCAACGUGUUACCAUGCCCCGUGCGACCUGACCGGAGCCGAUACGCAGAUACGGAGGGGAAAGUAGGGGGAAAGAGGCCUGCGCCAGUGGUAGAGAAGAUGCCGAGGAGGUGGAUACAAGAAAGGUCCUCUUCGGAGGACACACCAGCUUAAGCCAUCAUUGCGGACGAGGAGGCCCGACGUGGAGGUUUAGACAAUUGCUCUACAUUGCCCAGUACAGUAUACAGUGUACAUGACUACCGUCUACUACUACACGUCCCAGAGUGAUGAGGUAUAUGAAGGCUGCGCGGUGGUAGAAGGCUUGGGGU